UUAACACGACCCUCUUAAGCUGGUUCCACAUCCUACAAAGGCUACAACAUCCACGUUUUACAUGCGACUUAAGCUGUACUCACGUCCAAUCACCCUAAAGAUCGCGGGGAAGGUCCCUGCAAGACGCGGGGAAGAGCUCGCCGAAGUGGACGUCACUUUCGCCUCCAUCUCCAUCCUUCACCACGUCGACGAUCACUUCCGGCCAUGGUCUUUCCUCUUCUUGGGUUUCUAAAGAUUUUGUCUACGCCUAACUCCGUCGUCAUGUGCAGUAGGACGUGCAAUGCUCCUCGCCAUAUAUUAACAUCGAUUCUGGCUCUUCGCACUGGGAUUUGGGCACAUUAUCAUCGCACGUAGCAUGCAUGCUCAGCCCCCGGCGGCGCCUGAUCCUGCGAAGGACAAGGGAAAUUCCGGCUCUCAUGUGUGCCCGCUUUGUGAUACUGGCUUCGGGCGUCUCGAGCACCUAUCGCGUCAUAUAAUCUCCCACACAGGGAGCAAACCGUACUCAUGUUACGUCUGCCACAAAUCGUUUAAUCGCAAGGACACCCUUCUACGUCAUCUUCCUAUUCAUGAAGAUACCGGCCGAAGCUCUUCCAAGCCAGGCAGUAUUCGCAUUAGCCGAGCAUGCGCCCAGUGUGGAAAGGUUCGACUUCGCUGCGACGGAGAGUCCCCGUGUGCUCGCUGCCAGUCCAAGGGCAUCAACUGCAUGUACUUAGGGAGAUCACGGAAGCGUAUUCCCACCAUCGAAGAAUUACGGGAAAUGCCCGUCAAGGGGAACGAAAGCGACCCGGGAGAGCUUGGCGAUGACCAAAAUGUUGAGUAUAGCACUUCCGAGCGUCGCCCUUCACUGCAGAGCCGUCCUCCAUCGUUAGAUCGCUCCGUCCGCAUGGAUGAAACGGCUACAUUCGUCGAGACCUCCAGUCUGCUUCCAUCGCAUCUGACAGACCAGGUGCCCUUAUCGUCCUCGGAACCGUUGGUGAUCGAUACCCAGCAGGAAUCCGUGCAGGCCUCGCAGGAUGCACUUGAAAGUUCGGCGUUCUUUGGCAGCGGACCAAGUAUUGGGGAUAUUCCAUCAACAGCCGUGCCUACAUGGAACUUCAACUGGAAUGGAGACAGCGACUUCUCUGUCAUGGACUGGAUUACCACCGACAACUGUUUUUUAGAUCCGGGGCCGUCUAUGGCAUAUGACGCUUCCCGCACUUUGGGCUACCCCGGGUCCUCGCACGACACAGGUUUCGGUCAGAAUGACUUCCCAAUGUCCCAGCUGUACAAGCCUCCAGAUCAACAUCCGCCUACGCAUCAGGUCCCGAUGGGCCACAUCACGGGGCAUUGGGGUCCAACAAACCAAGGCAAGCUAGGGGAUCGCCCUAAAGCAAAGGCAGAUUUGGAACGAGAAUGGCCCACGAAUUGGGAUCCAACAAAGUCCGACAACUUGGUUUCUUUCCCCGAUAUGAGUGAAUUUCCCCUCGACAUUCUCGAGGCGGAAAGCUUUGGUCAUGUUGAAAGUCUGAGCCCACAAGCGUACCAUGAAAUAUAUCAAAGUAUGAAAAGGGUUGGAUCAUCCCUCUUUCGGCCUUUCCAUAACGCCAAUCUACCCUCGAUCGAGGCGUUUGAUUGUUUUACACAGCUAUAUUUCGAAUACUUCCAUCCCAUUUUCCCGCUGUUGCACAAACCAUCCUUUGACCCACGAAACGCUCCUUGGCAAUUGGUGCUCGCUACUGCAACCAUUGGCUUUCGAUACUCCAAGGUACCGUACGCUGCCACAGGGUCCAACGCGCUCCAAGAGCUCCUCCGACGAUCACUUGCCUCAGCCAUCGAGGGGGACAAUUCGCAUGCUCGAGAGCUGUGGUUUACUCAAGCACUUCUCCUCGGGUCUGUCGGAAUGACAUAUUCCGGAAAUAGGAGGCUAUUGGAAAUCGCAGAGAGUGGACGAAACGCAAGCAUUACUCAAUGUCGUCGAAAAGGCGUGCUCCGAAGAAUGCCAACACGAGUAUUAAACUUGGACUCCAUAACCGAAAAGCAGUCUUACCAGGAGGAGUGGCAGCAGUGGAUCGAAGAUGAAUCACGUCGACGACUAGGCUUCUGUACCUUUCUCAUUGACGCUCAAAAUGAGCUGUAUUUUGACGCGGUGCCAUACCUAUCUCUCGCUGAGCUAGAGCUACUGUUGCCCUGCUCUGAAGACCUAUGGGCCGCAUCCUCUCCAGAGUGGUGGAGGAAUUUAUACUUGCAGCACAACCACGACGAUGAUUUGACCGUUCAGCAGGCAUUGGCCCAACUUGGAAAUAAUAAAACCCUUCCGAAAAACAUCAGUGAUUUUGGACGAUUAAUUCUCACAUUUGCUCUCUACCGGACGAUACGGACGAUACGAACCCUGUCUGGAAACCCCUUCGUUUCCAAUGCGCUUUCCGAGCGGUCUUUUAUUAACGAUUCAGCCAAUGAAGCGAUUUUCCUCCUUCAAGGCUGGUAUUCGGGCCCCCUCAAUACCAAGUCCAUGCUCAACUCCAGUGUGGACUGCCACAACUUGUGUGUUUCUAUGCUUCUAUGCAGCCCCAGGCAAGCUCUUCUGAGUUAUGUGCACCGCCGCAAUACCAUGCAACAUGAGAAGGAGCCAAAAGAAGUCAUUGAUCACUGGAUCAAGGAGCAAAAUGGCUGCGUGGCAAGGCGUGCCGUCUCUUAUGCAGGAUUACUGCUUGGCAAGUCGAAGGGGCUCAAGUUCCAAGCCCCGUGUACCCCCAUCAUGAUUGCGCUGGCUACGGUAACCAUUUGGGCCUACAGCCAUAUGACCGAGGUGGUCUCCUCUCCCUCAUACUCCCACGGUAUCCGGGCCAGAGAACGUGGUUCGGUGAUUCGGCUAGAUGACGGGGAGCUGGAUCAACGGAGGGAGGCGUGGAUUCAAGGCGAUGAGAGUUUUAGAGCUCAUCUGAACGAUGUCGGCAAUAUAUGUCGCCAGAGAGCAUCGUACCGCAUUGCCGAUGUUGGUGUGCAGUUACUGGACGAUUUAGGUGGCUGGGGUCUAAGCCAAGGCCUGGAGCAUUGGUUAUCGACACUCCGAAAUCGCGAUUGGUCACGUCAACAGGCGGAUUUGCGGAGUUUUUAAGGGGUCGGCUCUGUGGGGACACCAUUUGGUGUAUACGCUAGGGCGACACGACCCCCCGUCUUCGAGAUCUCAACCUCUUGGUGCCAAAUUCCAUGAACUUGACUCAAAUCCCAAAACAAUUGCCGUCCAUGCCACAUACACAAUGUCUACACUCAACACGACAGCAACAGACCUUGAUCGAGCCACUAUCCGGCUCAUCGCAAGCGACUAUGCCAUCCAUCAGACUGGAAAUAGAGAUUCAGAGGUUGUGGAGGAAGCCAGGGCCGACCUUGCGGUACAGUCCGAGGCGGAGCGGAUCGAUCCAACUACAGAG